UCAGGCACCUUCUCAGUACUAAGUACACACCUCCAAAUGUACAAGUUUUAGAGCAGACGUAUGAGCAGCCUAACACGCAUACCAGUACUCUAUUGACAGAUGAAAUGCAGCAUCAUUUUGGUCUGUAUUGUGAUGGCAUCACCUUUGAAUUUGUAACUUUGGAGCAUGGCUAUAUUUGGAGAAAAUGAAUGUUUUUAACACCAAAACAAUAUGAAGAAAAUGGAAAACUGACUGUAGAUACAUAACAAAAAAACGAAUAUGGAAUGCAAAAGAGACAAAAUGGAAGGACAAAAGCAACUCGUGAGCCAAGUAGCUGAAGAUGUUAAGCAUCUUUGGGAAAAUAUGAGAAGAGAGAAAGGUAGAAUCAAAUAUUUGAAGAAAAAAGCGAGGCCUGACAUGCAGAGAGUAAUUUUUGAACCAGAUGAAAUCAGAGAAAUGUUGCAUAUGAUUAGAGAAGACACAAAACUUUGCAAGAAGCACUUUUUUGAAGAAAAGACCCAAAUGAAAUGGAUGAGUUUUCAGGCUGAGAAAAGGAGAAAAAAGCUUGACCAGACGUUGGAGAGAAUAAUUCAAGAAAGUGAUCAGUUAGACAUUCUGAAGAAAAAAAUGGACCAGCAAAGACAAGAGACUGAAAAAAAAUGGAGAGAAAUAUUGACUUUACUUUUGAUUUCAGAAAAAAUAAAAAAUAAUUUAGAAAUGUCUACUGAGGAAAUUAGAAGCACAAACGAGGAAAUGCUCAAAACCCAACAGAAGAUCAAAAAGAGCACUGAAAUAAAAACAUACAUGGACAGGUUGGCAUGCAUAAAGAACCAGAUCAACGAAUGGAAAUUGACACAGCCUCCAGUUACUUCCGGACUUCUGAAAGAAAAACUUGAAGGCAUCCAUAGAGAAGUAAGAUCAGAAAUUCUGACUGACAUAGCAAAAAAAUCAGAUGCAGAAAAAAAUCCUUUGGAGAACAUUAGAACAUCAGAAGGUUAUGUAAUUGAAGAAAAGACAGAAAUCCAUGAGAAAUUUUUAAAACAUAUUAGUCAGAGAGAAUCAUUUCCACAAGAAAUACCGACAUUGGAAAAGCAGAUAUAUAAACUAAAUGAGCAAGAGGAAGUCUUAAGGGUGCAAAUUAAAACAAAUAUUAGAAAAUUGCAAGAUAAAACUCAAAAGAUGAAAAGUAUUGUCACAGAAUUAGAUGAAAUACAGUGUCAGAAGGAAGACGCUGAAGUUAUAAUCAGGGAAAUGGGGACUGGAGAAAGUAAACUGGUGCAGGAAGUACAACAGAGGGGUUAUCUGACGGAGAGAACAAAUGUUUUUAGGAAACAAAUAAUGCAGACUGACCUGGAAGAUCAGAUAAAAACUACUAAUGUUGAGCAAAAACCUGAUAAAGUGGAAAAGUGGAAAAAAGAUCCUCAGGCACUUGAUAAAGAGACACAAGUAUGCUCUGAUGGAAAGUAUCUUCGACUCACUGAUUUACAAAGACUCUGGGCUGAGAUAUAUCGAACACAGCAAGUCAUAAAAUUGAUCAAACCAGAAAUUGGGUGCCAAGAUGGAACAGGUAAUGAGACCAAAGACCUUGCUGAUAAUGAAAUCAAGGGACUACUGCAAGAUCUCAGACAGUUUCGGAAGCUUUUGGAAAUGGAAGUGGGGCAGAAGAGACUGAAUCUCAAUGUAGAUACAAGCAUUCAGAAAAGUACAAUGAAGAAAAAGAGAAGAGAACUGGAUUUUAAAUUGGAGAAUAUCUUACGAGAGAGGGAUGAAUUAGAAAUGCUAAAAACACAAAUACAAAGAAAAUCUGAAGGGACUCAGUGGCAGUUGGAAAAGAUUCUAAAAUGUCAAAAUGACAUUGAAAAAAUAGCUGGUAAGGCCAAGGAGAGAAGCAAACUAAUAAUGUGUAAUAUGAAAAAGAGUGAUGCUAAAGUAAGAAUGAUUGAAGACCUAAACAAGAAGAUUGAAGCUUCAAAACAACGCUGGAACGAAAUGUACCUUUCAACCUCUCAGCAUAAAGCUUUAACUGAAAAACUAAAGACUGAACUUGGAAAUGAAAACGAAAGAGAAUCUCUAUUUGAAAGAGAAAACAGAAAGAGAUCUGAGAAAUUUGCAAGGGACCAAUCAUUCACAAGUAAAAAAGCAACACAAGCUGAAGAAACAUUUGAAGAAUUCUUAGUGCUCACACCACAUCAAGAAAGACUGACUGAGGAAAUAAAACUGAUAAUAAAUCAAUUUAAUCAUAGAAAAUGUAAUAGAGAGGAGCAAAACCUAGAACUAAGUGAAAGAGUGAUACAAGAGAUAUUAAGAAAAGUAAGUGAGAUGUUGGCACAAGAGACUGGAACUGAACAUAAUAAAAAGGCUUUGUUAAGUGAAACAAAUGAAAGACAAAAACAGCAGAUGACUGAAGGGCAGCACAGCAUUAAGACUAGAGAAAUAGGAGAAAUGGAGGUGCUGAAUACCGAGCUGGAAAUCAAAAGAAAAGAAAAUAAUGCCAUUUUAAAACAAAUGGUGAGAGAAGGGGAAAAGAAUGAAAGAAUGAUGAAUGAAAUAAAAGAAGCAAAGAUAUCAUUUAAGAGGGAGGUACAAAGAAGGAGGAGAGAACUAGACCAAACACUGGAGAAAAUCAGAAGAGAGAAGGAUGAAUUAGAGAUGUUGAAAUUAAAACUGAGACAGCCAAAGGCAGCAAUGUUCCAUGACAACCAAAAUGCACAAGAGCAGAGGACAGUUGUCUAUGUUUCGAGUGAAAAUGAACCAAAGGAUUUGGAAAAGAAUGGGUGGAAAAUCACAAACACCCAAUAUGAAACGUUACCCAUAUCACCAGGACUUAAAAGUACCAUCAAUAAUAUUCGAGACCUCGGAGUAAAGAUCUAUGGCUAUUUAGAAACACUUAAAAGUGAAAUAUGUCAAUUUCUCAAACAUCAAAAUGUUGAUUUAGACAAAAAGAGAGAAGAACUCACAGCAUUAACAGCUGAGAACAACACAGUAAAAGAAAACAUAACCAGAAUCAAAUCCUUGAUAGGAAUUGAUAAAAUGACCAAACAAGCUACAAGGGAUGUGGAUGAAACAUGGAAACUCAGGAAGGGUACGCAUAAGCAGGAGUAUAGGAUCAAAUCGUUGACAACUAAACAAAAAGCACAAAAGCGAAAAGCAUUAAUGACUGAAAUGAUGACUGACGAAACAAAACAACAGAAACAGAAAAAAAGAAAGGAUGCUAAAGACCCAUUUGGAGAAAUUAAUAAAAAGAUAAAAACUGACAAUCUGGAAAAACAUGUGAAAACACACAUGGAAACUCUUCAAGUACUGAUGAAAGAGAUAACUGUGAAGAACAGAAAAAAAGGAACAGAGAUACAUAAAAUUCAAGCAACUCAUAAAUCUCUUUCAAACAUGUGUAUGGAAUUAGAAGUCAAUAGCGUGAAAUUGGUGAAACUGAUAGAUAUUAUAAAAAAUAUAAAAGAAAGGAUAUUACAACAUGAAAACCAUGUCCCUGCAACACGGAAAGAAAAGGCAGAAAUACCAAAGACCGAAAUAAAUCAGAAAUUAGAAGAAGCCAACAGCUCAUUGGCAGAGACCAACAAAGAAAAAAUCAAGCUCGAUAUCGAGACACAACGCGCAAUACUGCAACAAGAAAAACAAGAUAUUCAAGAAGAAAGAGAGAGAAUAAACAUGACAGAGGCUGAACUAGACCAGAAGGCAGAAGAAGCCAGCAGUUGCUUGGCAGAGAUCAACAAAGAGAAAAUCAAACUAAAACAUUUGUCAGUUUCAGUCCAAAGAAAUCAUGAAAGACUUCAAGACAUCAUGUACACGAUUGCCAUAAAACAACAAGGCAGAGAGAGGAAAGAUCAUCUGUUCCAAGCACAAACACAGGAACUACAAUCUAAAAGGCUUCAACUACAGAAAGAAAAGGAAGAGAUGCAGCUUUUGAUGACAACUGUUAGUAAGAUGAGAGAGUGGACUAAAGCUGCGAUGAUCACCACCCAAAAGGAAAAGCAACAAGUGGAUUAUAGGAGGAUGCACAAGCCAGAAGAAGAAAUGCGUUCAAUCCAGAAUCUAGAACUUGAGAGAGAGAGGUCUGGGUUGACACCAAGAGAGGACAGUGGCUUGGAUAAAAGUCAAAUAACAGAACGUCAGCAAGGACAGAUCCAAUACAUCAAAGAGAAACUAAGGGAAAACAUCAAAGUGAAAAUGGUCCAGCUACAACAAAGGAUUGCAGGUGUAGAAAACCUCUCCGUUGGUUUGGGACAGAAGCUUCUUUGUCUUGUGGAACAGAAGGAAAAUGUGGCUGGUUAUAAAGAGGUAUUUGAAAGAGAAAAGAGAAUUCUGAAUAGUCUCCUUUGUGAUACACUAAAACAAAGAGAAGAUAUGGAAAACCGUUGGAAGCAAACAAUGAACCGGCAAAAAGAAAAAGUUACUUCUCUUGAAGCAACCCUGAAAAAAGAAAAGCAGGACCUGGAACUAGAGAAACAAAAGAUGUCGAAAGAUGAGCUGGUCUUAGAGCCGAUUAGGAAUGGCAUCCAGAAACAAAGUGAAAUAUUACAACAAGACAUUCAGCAACGUAAGCAAGAGUUGGAAAGCACAAUGGUGGAACUGCACAAGAAGACAGAAGAAACCAAGAAUCUCUUUGAUGGAAUCAAAAAAGAGAAAUCUAAACUCAAAGAUCUUAACCUUUGUCUGAAAACACAAGGCGAUCAACUGAAGGUUCUCAUGAACGCAAUCAGUUCAAAACCACAAGAACAAGAAGGAAAAGGCCCAGAAAUUCUCACACAAACACAAAAUCUGGAUCUCUGUAGGAAAAAAAUACAGGAGAAAAGACAAGAGCUGGAGGUUUUGAUGAAGAAUGCUAACAGCAUGAAGGAAAAGGUUAAAGAUUCCAUGAGCAGUGUCCAUAAAGACAUAGAACAAAUGAUCUCCAUGAAGAAGAACUUUGGAAAAGACAGAGAGAAACUGUCAAGUGAGAAGAAGCGCCUGGAAAGAGAAUUGUCAGAGUGCAAAAUGAGACAAGAGGAACUCUUGGAUGCAAUGAAGUCAACAGCAAACCUAAGACUAACACUACAAGGAGUAAAAGACAAGGUGUGUGACUUGACCAAUGUUAAAAUGAGAAGAUUACACAAAGGUCAUAAAGAUGCACAGUUAUUAUGUAUUUCACUGGAGAAGAAUGUUUCAACUAUUGGUGACCAGAUGAAAACACUAACUCCUUACAAAGAGUUAGUUGAAAGAGAAAAGAUCAAUCUAACAUCCAUCAUGUCUUCCAUGAGGAAUCAGAAAGAAGUGAUGGAACAUCAAUGGAAGCAAAUGGUGGACAUGGAUAAAAAAGAUCUAAACAAGAAGAAGGAAGAACUGAAACGGGAAACACAGAAUCUGCAAAGAGUGGCUGACAAAGUAGACAAAGAAAAAGAGGCCUUGGAAGUGAUGAUGUCCAAUAUCCAGACACAACGCGCAAUACUGCAACAAGAAAAACAAGAUAUUCAAGAAGAAAGAGAGAGAAUAAACAUGACAGAGGCUGAACUAGACCAGAAGGCAGAAGAAGCCAGCAGUUGCUUGGCAGAGAUCAACAAAGAGAAAAUCAAACUAAAACAUUUGUCAGUUUCAGUCCAAAGAAAUCAUGAAAGACUUCAAGACAUCAUGUACACGAUUGCCAUAAAACAACAAGGCAGAGAGAGGAAAGAUCAUCUGUUCCAAGCACAAACACAGGAACUACAAUCUAAAAGGCUUCAACUACAGAAAGAAAAGGAAGAGAUGCAGCUUUUGAUGACAACUGUUAGUAAGAUGAGAGAGUGGACUAAAGCUGCGAUGAUCACCACCCAAAAGGAAAAGCAACAAGUGGAUUAUAGGAGGAUGCACAAGCCAGAAGAAGAAAUGCGUUCAAUCCAGAAUCUAGAACUUGAGAGAGAGAGGUCUGGGUUGACACCAAGAGAGGACAGUGGCUUGGAUAAAAGUCAAAUAACAGAACGUCAGCAAGGACAGAUCCAAUACAUCAAAGAGAAACUAAGGGAAAACAUCAAAGUGAAAAUGGUCCAGCUACAACAAAGGAUUGCAGGUGUAGAAAACCUCUCCGUUGGUUUGGGACAGAAGCUUCUUUGUCUUGUGGAACAGAAGGAAAAUGUGGCUGGUUAUAAAGAGGUAUUUGAAAGAGAAAAGAGAAUUCUGAAUAGUCUCCUUUGUGAUACACUAAAACAAAGAGAAGAUAUGGAAAACCGUUGGAAGCAAACAAUGAACCGGCAAAAAGAAAAAGUUACUUCUCUUGAAGCAACCCUGAAAAAAGAAAAGCAGGACCUGGAACUAGAGAAACAAAAGAUGUCGAAAGAUGAGCUGGUCUUAGAGCCGAUUAGGAAUGGCAUCCAGAAACAAAGUGAAAUAUUACAACAAGACAUUCAGCAACGUAAGCAAGAGUUGGAAAGCACAAUGGUGGAACUGCACAAGAAGACAGAAGAAACCAAGAAUCUCUUUGAUGGAAUCAAAAAAGAGAAAUCUAAACUCAAAGAUCUUAACCUUUGUCUGAAAACACAAGGCGAUCAACUGAAGGUUCUCAUGAACGCAAUCAGUUCAAAACCACAAGAACAAGAAGGAAAAGGCCCAGAAAUUCUCACACAAACACAAAAUCUGGAUCUCUGUAGGAAAAAAAUACAGGAGAAAAGACAAGAGCUGGAGGUUUUGAUGAAGAAUGCUAACAGCAUGAAGGAAAAGGUUAAAGAUUCCAUGAGCAGUGUCCAUAAAGACAUAGAACAAAUGAUCUCCAUGAAGAAGAACUUUGGAAAAGACAGAGAGAAACUGUCAAGUGAGAAGAAGCGCCUGGAAAGAGAAUUGUCAGAGUGCAAAAUGAGACAAGAGGAACUCUUGGAUGCAAUGAAGUCAACAGCAAACCUAAGACUAACACUACAAGGAGUAAAAGACAAGGUGUGUGACUUGACCAAUGUUAAAAUGAGAAGAUUACACAAAGGUCAUAAAGAUGCACAGUUAUUAUGUAUUUCACUGGAGAAGAAUGUUUCAACUAUUGGUGACCAGAUGAAAACACUAACUCCUUACAAAGAGUUAGUUGAAAGAGAAAAGAUCAAUCUAACAUCCAUCAUGUCUUCCAUGAGGAAUCAGAAAGAAGUGAUGGAACAUCAAUGGAAGCAAAUGGUGGACAUGGAUAAAAAAGAUCUAAACAAGAAGAAGGAAGAACUGAAACGGGAAACACAGAAUCUGCAAAGAGUGGCUGACAAAGUAGACAAAGAAAAAGAGGCCUUGGAAGUGAUGAUGUCCAAUAUCCAGACACAACGCGCAAUACUGCAACAAGAAAAACAAGAUAUUCAAGAAGAAAGAGAGAGAAUAAACAUGACAGAGGCUGAACUAGACCAGAAGGCAGAAGAAGCCAGCAGUUGCUUGGCAGAGAUCAACAAAGAGAAAAUCAAACUAAAACAUUUGUCAGUUUCAGUCCAAAGAAAUCAUGAAAGACUUCAAGACAUCAUGUACACGAUUGCCAUAAAACAACAAGGCAGAGAGAGGAAAGAUCAUCUGUUCCAAGCACAAACACAGGAACUACAAUCUAAAAGGCUUCAACUACAGAAAGAAAAGGAAGAGAUGCAGCUUUUGAUGACAACUGUUAGUAAGAUGAGAGAGUGGACUAAAGCUGCGAUGAUCACCACCCAAAAGGAAAAGCAACAAGUGGAUUAUAGGAGGAUGCACAAGCCAGAAGAAGAAAUGCGUUCAAUCCAGAAUCUAGAACUUGAGAGAGAGAGGUCUGGGUUGACACCAAGAGAGGACAGUGGCUUGGAUAAAAGUCAAAUAACAGAACGUCAGCAAGGACAGAUCCAAUACAUCAAAGAGAAACUAAGGGAAAACAUCAAAGUGAAAAUGGUCCAGCUACAACAAAGGAUUGCAGGUGUAGAAAACCUCUCCGUUGGUUUGGGACAGAAGCUUCUUUGUCUUGUGGAACAGAAGGAAAAUGUGGCUGGUUAUAAAGAGGUAUUUGAAAGAGAAAAGAGAAUUCUGAAUAGUCUCCUUUGUGAUACACUAAAACAAAGAGAAGAUAUGGAAAACCGUUGGAAGCAAACAAUGAACCGGCAAAAAGAAAAAGUUACUUCUCUUGAAGCAACCCUGAAAAAAGAAAAGCAGGACCUGGAACUAGAGAAACAAAAGAUGUCGAAAGAUGAGCUGGUCUUAGAGCCGAUUAGGAAUGGCAUCCAGAAACAAAGUGAAAUAUUACAACAAGACAUUCAGCAACGUAAGCAAGAGUUGGAAAGCACAAUGGUGGAACUGCACAAGAAGACAGAAGAAACCAAGAAUCUCUUUGAUGGAAUCAAAAAAGAGAAAUCUAAACUCAAAGAUCUUAACCUUUGUCUGAAAACACAAGGCGAUCAACUGAAGGUUCUCAUGAACGCAAUCAGUUCAAAACCACAAGAACAAGAAGGAAAAGGCCCAGAAAUUCUCACACAAACACAAAAUCUGGAUCUCUGUAGGAAAAAAAUACAGGAGAAAAGACAAGAGCUGGAGGUUUUGAUGAAGAAUGCUAACAGCAUGAAGGAAAAGGUUAAAGAUUCCAUGAGCAGUGUCCAUAAAGACAUAGAACAAAUGAUCUCCAUGAAGAAGAACUUUGGAAAAGACAGAGAGAAACUGUCAAGUGAGAAGAAGCGCCUGGAAAGAGAAUUGUCAGAGUGCAAAAUGAGACAAGAGGAACUCUUGGAUGCAAUGAAGUCAACAGCAAACCUAAGACUAACACUACAAGGAGUAAAAGACAAGGUGUGUGACUUGACCAAUGUUAAAAUGAGAAGAUUACACAAAGGUCAUAAAGAUGCACAGUUAUUAUGUAUUUCACUGGAGAAGAAUGUUUCAACUAUUGGUGACCAGAUGAAAACACUAACUCCUUACAAAGAGUUAGUUGAAAGAGAAAAGAUCAAUCUAACAUCCAUCAUGUCUUCCAUGAGGAAUCAGAAAGAAGUGAUGGAACAUCAAUGGAAGCAAAUGGUGGACAUGGAUAAAAAAGAUCUAAACAAGAAGAAGGAAGAACUGAAACGGGAAACACAGAAUCUGCAAAGAGUGGCUGACAAAGUAGACAAAGAAAAAGAGGCCUUGGAAGUGAUGAUGUCCAAUAUCCAGACACAACGCGCAAUACUGCAACAAGAAAAACAAGAUAUUCAAGAAGAAAGAGAGAGAAUAAACAUGACAGAGGCUGAACUAGACCAGAAGGCAGAAGAAGCCAGCAGUUGCUUGGCAGAGAUCAACAAAGAGAAAAUCAAACUAAAACAUUUGUCAGUUUCAGUCCAAAGAAAUCAUGAAAGACUUCAAGACAUCAUGUACACGAUUGCCAUAAAACAACAAGGCAGAGAGAGGAAAGAUCAUCUGUUCCAAGCACAAACACAGGAACUACAAUCUAAAAGGCUUCAACUACAGAAAGAAAAGGAAGAGAUGCAGCUUUUGAUGACAACUGUUAGUAAGAUGAGAGAGUGGACUAAAGCUGCGAUGAUCACCACCCAAAAGGAAAAGCAACAAGUGGAUUAUAGGAGGAUGCACAAGCCAGAAGAAGAAAUGCGUUCAAUCCAGAAUCUAGAACUUGAGAGAGAGAGGUCUGGGUUGACACCAAGAGAGGACAGUGGCUUGGAUAAAAGUCAAAUAACAGAACGUCAGCAAGGACAGAUCCAAUACAUCAAAGAGAAACUAAGGGAAAACAUCAAAGUGAAAAUGGUCCAGCUACAACAAAGGAUUGCAGGUGUAGAAAACCUCUCCGUUGGUUUGGGACAGAAGCUUCUUUGUCUUGUGGAACAGAAGGAAAAUGUGGCUGGUUAUAAAGAGGUAUUUGAAAGAGAAAAGAGAAUUCUGAAUAGUCUCCUUUGUGAUACACUAAAACAAAGAGAAGAUAUGGAAAACCGUUGGAAGCAAACAAUGAACCGGCAAAAAGAAAAAGUUACUUCUCUUGAAGCAACCCUGAAAAAAGAAAAGCAGGACCUGGAACUAGAGAAACAAAAGAUGUCGAAAGAUGAGCUGGUCUUAGAGCCGAUUAGGAAUGGCAUCCAGAAACAAAGUGAAAUAUUACAACAAGACAUUCAGCAACGUAAGCAAGAGUUGGAAAGCACAAUGGUGGAACUGCACAAGAAGACAGAAGAAACCAAGAAUCUCUUUGAUGGAAUCAAAAAAGAGAAAUCUAAACUCAAAGAUCUUAACCUUUGUCUGAAAACACAAGGCGAUCAACUGAAGGUUCUCAUGAACGCAAUCAGUUCAAAACCACAAGAACAAGAAGGAAAAGGCCCAGAAAUUCUCACACAAACACAAAAUCUGGAUCUCUGUAGGAAAAAAAUACAGGAGAAAAGACAAGAGCUGGAGGUUUUGAUGAAGAAUGCUAACAGCAUGAAGGAAAAGGUUAAAGAUUCCAUGAGCAGUGUCCAUAAAGACAUAGAACAAAUGAUCUCCAUGAAGAAGAACUUUGGAAAAGACAGAGAGAAACUGUCAAGUGAGAAGAAGCGCCUGGAAAGAGAAUUGUCAGAGUGCAAAAUGAGACAAGAGGAACUCUUGGAUGCAAUGAAGUCAACAGCAAACCUAAGACUAACACUACAAGGAGUAAAAGACAAGGUGUGUGACUUGACCAAUGUUAAAAUGAGAAGAUUACACAAAGGUCAUAAAGAUGCACAGUUAUUAUGUAUUUCACUGGAGAAGAAUGUUUCAACUAUUGGUGACCAGAUGAAAACACUAACUCCUUACAAAGAGUUAGUUGAAAGAGAAAAGAUCAAUCUAACAUCCAUCAUGUCUUCCAUGAGGAAUCAGAAAGAAGUGAUGGAACAUCAAUGGAAGCAAAUGGUGGACAUGGAUAAAAAAGAUCUAAACAAGAAGAAGGAAGAACUGAAACGGGAAACACAGAAUCUGCAAAGAGUGGCUGACAAAGUAGACAAAGAAAAAGAGGCCUUGGAAGUGAUGAUGUCCAAUAUCCAGACACAACGCGCAAUACUGCAACAAGAAAAACAAGAUAUUCAAGAAGAAAGAGAGAGAAUAAACAUGACAGAGGCUGAACUAGACCAGAAGGCAGAAGAAGCCAGCAGUUGCUUGGCAGAGAUCAACAAAGAGAAAAUCAAACUAAAACAUUUGUCAGUUUCAGUCCAAAGAAAUCAUGAAAGACUUCAAGACAUCAUGUACACGAUUGCCAUAAAACAACAAGGCAGAGAGAGGAAAGAUCAUCUGUUCCAAGCACAAACACAGGAACUACAAUCUAAAAGGCUUCAACUACAGAAAGAAAAGGAAGAGAUGCAGCUUUUGAUGACAACUGUUAGUAAGAUGAGAGAGUGGACUAAAGCUGCGAUGAUCACCACCCAAAAGGAAAAGCAACAAGUGGAUUAUAGGAGGAUGCACAAGCCAGAAGAAGAAAUGCGUUCAAUCCAGAAUCUAGAACUUGAGAGAGAGAGGUCUGGGUUGACACCAAGAGAGGACAGUGGCUUGGAUAAAAGUCAAAUAACAGAACGUCAGCAAGGACAGAUCCAAUACAUCAAAGAGAAACUAAGGGAAAACAUCAAAGUGAAAAUGGUCCAGCUACAACAAAGGAUUGCAGGUGUAGAAAACCUCUCCGUUGGUUUGGGACAGAAGCUUCUUUGUCUUGUGGAACAGAAGGAAAAUGUGGCUGGUUAUAAAGAGGUAUUUGAAAGAGAAAAGAGAAUUCUGAAUAGUCUCCUUUGUGAUACACUAAAACAAAGAGAAGAUAUGGAAAACCGUUGGAAGCAAACAAUGAACCGGCAAAAAGAAAAAGUUACUUCUCUUGAAGCAACCCUGAAAAAAGAAAAGCAGGACCUGGAACUAGAGAAACAAAAGAUGUCGAAAGAUGAGCUGGUCUUAGAGCCGAUUAGGAAUGGCAUCCAGAAACAAAGUGAAAUAUUACAACAAGACAUUCAGCAACGUAAGCAAGAGUUGGAAAGCACAAUGGUGGAACUGCACAAGAAGACAGAAGAAACCAAGAAUCUCUUUGAUGGAAUCAAAAAAGAGAAAUCUAAACUCAAAGAUCUUAACCUUUGUCUGAAAACACAAGGCGAUCAACUGAAGGUUCUCAUGAACGCAAUCAGUUCAAAACCACAAGAACAAGAAGGAAAAGGCCCAGAAAUUCUCACACAAACACAAAAUCUGGAUCUCUGUAGGAAAAAAAUACAGGAGAAAAGACAAGAGCUGGAGGUUUUGAUGAAGAAUGCUAACAGCAUGAAGGAAAAGGUUAAAGAUUCCAUGAGCAGUGUCCAUAAAGACAUAGAACAAAUGAUCUCCAUGAAGAAGAACUUUGGAAAAGACAGAGAGAAACUGUCAAGUGAGAAGAAGCGCCUGGAAAGAGAAUUGUCAGAGUGCAAAAUGAGACAAGAGGAACUCUUGGAUGCAAUGAAGUCAACAGCAAACCUAAGACUAACACUACAAGGAGUAAAAGACAAGGUGUGUGACUUGACCAAUGUUAAAAUGAGAAGAUUACACAAAGGUCAUAAAGAUGCACAGUUAUUAUGUAUUUCACUGGAGAAGAAUGUUUCAACUAUUGGUGACCAGAUGAAAACACUAACUCCUUACAAAGAGUUAGUUGAAAGAGAAAAGAUCAAUCUAACAUCCAUCAUGUCUUCCAUGAGGAAUCAGAAAGAAGUGAUGGAACAUCAAUGGAAGCAAAUGGUGGACAUGGAUAAAAAAGAUCUAAACAAGAAGAAGGAAGAACUGAAACGGGAAACACAGAAUCUGCAAAGAGUGGCUGACAAAGUAGACAAAGAAAAAGAGGCCUUGGAAGUGAUGAUGUCCAAUAUCCAGACACAACGCGCAAUACUGCAACAAGAAAAACAAGAUAUUCAAGAAGAAAGAGAGAGAAUAAACAUGACAGAGGCUGAACUAGACCAGAAGGCAGAAGAAGCCAGCAGUUGCUUGGCAGAGAUCAACAAAGAGAAAAUCAAACUAAAACAUUUGUCAGUUUCAGUCCAAAGAAAUCAUGAAAGACUUCAAGACAUCAUGUACACGAUUGCCAUAAAACAACAAGGCAGAGAGAGGAAAGAUCAUCUGUUCCAAGCACAAACACAGGAACUACAAUCUAAAAGGCUUCAACUACAGAAAGAAAAGGAAGAGAUGCAGCUUUUGAUGACAACUGUUAGUAAGAUGAGAGAGUGGACUAAAGCUGCGAUGAUCACCACCCAAAAGGAAAAGCAACAAGUGGAUUAUAGGAGGAUGCACAAGCCAGAAGAAGAAAUGCGUUCAAUCCAGAAUCUAGAACUUGAGAGAGAGAGGUCUGGGUUGACACCAAGAGAGGACAGUGGCUUGGAUAAAAGUCAAAUAACAGAACGUCAGCAAGGACAGAUCCAAUACAUCAAAGAGAAACUAAGGGAAAACAUCAAAGUGAAAAUGGUCCAGCUACAACAAAGGAUUGCAGGUGUAGAAAACCUCUCCGUUGGUUUGGGACAGAAGCUUCUUUGUCUUGUGGAACAGAAGGAAAAUGUGGCUGGUUAUAAAGAGGUAUUUGAAAGAGAAAAGAGAAUUCUGAAUAGUCUCCUUUGUGAUACACUAAAACAAAGAGAAGAUAUGGAAAACCGUUGGAAGCAAACAAUGAACCGGCAAAAAGAAAAAGUUACUUCUCUUGAAGCAACCCUGAAAAAAGAAAAGCAGGACCUGGAACUAGAGAAACAAAAGAUGUCGAAAGAUGAGCUGGUCUUAGAGCCGAUUAGGAAUGGCAUCCAGAAACAAAGUGAAAUAUUACAACAAGACAUUCAGCAACGUAAGCAAGAGUUGGAAAGCACAAUGGUGGAACUGCACAAGAAGACAGAAGAAACCAAGAAUCUCUUUGAUGGAAUCAAAAAAGAGAAAUCUAAACUCAAAGAUCUUAACCUUUGUCUGAAAACACAAGGCGAUCAACUGAAGGUUCUCAUGAACGCAAUCAGUUCAAAACCACAAGAACAAGAAGGAAAAGGCCCAGAAAUUCUCACACAAACACAAAAUCUGGAUCUCUGUAGGAAAAAAAUACAGGAGAAAAGACAAGAGCUGGAGGUUUUGAUGAAGAAUGCUAACAGCAUGAAGGAAAAGGUUAAAGAUUCCAUGAGCAGUGUCCAUAAAGACAUAGAACAAAUGAUCUCCAUGAAGAAGAACUUUGGAAAAGACAGAGAGAAACUGUCAAGUGAGAAGAAGCGCCUGGAAAGAGAAUUGUCAGAGUGCAAAAUGAGACAAGAGGAACUCUUGGAUGCAAUGAAGUCAACAGCAAACCUAAGACUAACACUACAAGGAGUAAAAGACAAGGUGUGUGACUUGACCAAUGUUAAAAUGAGAAGAUUACACAAAGGUCAUAAAGAUGCACAGUUAUUAUGUAUUUCACUGGAGAAGAAUGUUUCAACUAUUGGUGACCAGAUGAAAACACUAACUCCUUACAAAGAGUUAGUUGAAAGAGAAAAGAUCAAUCUAACAUCCAUCAUGUCUUCCAUGAGGAAUCAGAAAGAAGUGAUGGAACAUCAAUGGAAGCAAAUGGUGGACAUGGAUAAAAAAGAUCUAAACAAGAAGAAGGAAGAACUGAAACGGGAAACACAGAAUCUGCAAAGAGUGGCUGACAAAGUAGACAAAGAAAAAGAGGCCUUGGAAGUGAUGAUGUCCAAUAUCCAGACACAACGCGCAAUACUGCAACAAGAAAAACAAGAUAUUCAAGAAGAAAGAGAGAGAAUAAACAUGACAGAGGCUGAACUAGACCAGAAGGCAGAAGAAGCCAGCAGUUGCUUGGCAGAGAUCAACAAAGAGAAAAUCAAACUAAAACAUUUGUCAGUUUCAGUCCAAAGAAAUCAUGAAAGACUUCAAGACAUCAUGUACACGAUUGCCAUAAAACAACAAGGCAGAGAGAGGAAAGAUCAUCUGUUCCAAGCACAAACACAGGAACUACAAUCUAAAAGGCUUCAACUACAGAAAGAAAAGGAAGAGAUGCAGCUUUUGAUGACAACUGUUAGUAAGAUGAGAGAGUGGACUAAAGCUGCGAUGAUCACCACCCAAAAGGAAAAGCAACAAGUGGAUUAUAGGAGGAUGCACAAGCCAGAAGAAGAAAUGCGUUCAAUCCAGAAUCUAGAACUUGAGAGAGAGAGGUCUGGGUUGACACCAAGAGAGGACAGUGGCUUGGAUAAAAGUCAAAUAACAGAACGUCAGCAAGGACAGAUCCAAUACAUCAAAGAGAAACUAAGGGAAAACAUCAAAGUGAAAAUGGUCCAGCUACAACAAAGGAUUGCAGGUGUAGAAAACCUCUCCGUUGGUUUGGGACAGAAGCUUCUUUGUCUUGUGGAACAGAAGGAAAAUGUGGCUGGUUAUAAAGAGGUAUUUGAAAGAGAAAAGAGAAUUCUGAAUAGUCUCCUUUGUGAUACACUAAAACAAAGAGAAGAUAUGGAAAACCGUUGGAAGCAAACAAUGAACCGGCAAAAAGAAAAAGUUACUUCUCUUGAAGCAACCCUGAAAAAAGAAAAGCAGGACCUGGAACUAGAGAAACAAAAGAUGUCGAAAGAUGAGCUGGUCUUAGAGCCGAUUAGGAAUGGCAUCCAGAAACAAAGUGAAAUAUUACAACAAGACAUUCAGCAACGUAAGCAAGAGUUGGAAAGCACAAUGGUGGAACUGCACAAGAAGACAGAAGAAACCAAGAAUCUCUUUGAUGGAAUCAAAAAAGAGAAAUCUAAACUCAAAGAUCUUAACCUUUGUCUGAAAACACAAGGCGAUCAACUGAAGGUUCUCAUGAACGCAAUCAGUUCAAAACCACAAGAACAAGAAGGAAAAGGCCCAGAAAUUCUCACACAAACACAAAAUCUGGAUCUCUGUAGGAAAAAAAUACAGGAGAAAAGACAAGAGCUGGAGGUUUUGAUGAAGAAUGCUAACAGCAUGAAGGAAAAGGUUAAAGAUUCCAUGAGCAGUGUCCAUAAAGACAUAGAACAAAUGAUCUCCAUGAAGAAGAACUUUGGAAAAGACAGAGAGAAACUGUCAAGUGAGAAGAAGCGCCUGGAAAGAGAAUUGUCAGAGUGCAAAAUGAGACAAGAGGAACUCUUGGAUGCAAUGAAGUCAACAGCAAACCUAAGACUAACACUACAAGGAGUAAAAGACAAGGUGUGUGACUUGACCAAUGUUAAAAUGAGAAGAUUACACAAAGGUCAUAAAGAUGCACAGUUAUUAUGUAUUUCACUGGAGAAGAAUGUUUCAACUAUUGGUGACCAGAUGAAAACACUAACUCCUUACAAAGAGUUAGUUGAAAGAGAAAAGAUCAAUCUAACAUCCAUCAUGUCUUCCAUGAGGAAUCAGAAAGAAGUGAUGGAACAUCAAUGGAAGCAAAUGGUGGACAUGGAUAAAAAAGAUCUAAACAAGAAGAAGGAAGAACUGAAACGGGAAACACAGAAUCUGCAAAGAGUGGCUGACAAAGUAGACAAAGAAAAAGAGGCCUUGGAAGUGAUGAUGUCCAAUAUCCAGACACAACGCGCAAUACUGCAACAAGAAAAACAAGAUAUUCAAGAAGAAAGAGAGAGAAUAAACAUGACAGAGGCUGAACUAGACCAGAAGGCAGAAGAAGCCAGCAGUUGCUUGGCAGAGAUCAACAAAGAGAAAAUCAAACUAAAACAUUUGUCAGUUUCAGUCCAAAGAAAUCAUGAAAGACUUCAAGACAUCAUGUACACGAUUGCCAUAAAACAACAAGGCAGAGAGAGGAAAGAUCAUCUGUUCCAAGCACAAACACAGGAACUACAAUCUAAAAGGCUUCAACUACAGAAAGAAAAGGAAGAGAUGCAGCUUUUGAUGACAACUGUUAGUAAGAUGAGAGAGUGGACUAAAGCUGCGAUGAUCACCACCCAAAAGGAAAAGCAACAAGUGGAUUAUAGGAGGAUGCACAAGCCAGAAGAAGAAAUGCGUUCAAUCCAGAAUCUAGAACUUGAGAGAGAGAGGUCUGGGUUGACACCAAGAGAGGACAGUGGCUUGGAUAAAAGUCAAAUAACAGAACGUCAGCAAGGACAGAUCCAAUACAUCAAAGAGAAACUAAGGGAAAACAUCAAAGUGAAAAUGGUCCAGCUACAACAAAGGAUUGCAGGUGUAGAAAACCUCUCCGUUGGUUUGGGACAGAAGCUUCUUUGUCUUGUGGAACAGAAGGAAAAUGUGGCUGGUUAUAAAGAGGUAUUUGAAAGAGAAAAGAGAAUUCUGAAUAGUCUCCUUUGUGAUACACUAAAACAAAGAGAAGAUAUGGAAAACCGUUGGAAGCAAACAAUGAACCGGCAAAAAGAAAAAGUUACUUCUCUUGAAGCAACCCUGAAAAAAGAAAAGCAGGACCUGGAACUAGAGAAACAAAAGAUGUCGAAAGAUGAGCUGGUCUUAGAGCCGAUUAGGAAUGGCAUCCAGAAACAAAGUGAAAUAUUACAACAAGACAUUCAGCAACGUAAGCAAGAGUUGGAAAGCACAAUGGUGGAACUGCACAAGAAGACAGAAGAAACCAAGAAUCUCUUUGAUGGAAUCAAAAAGAGAAAUCUAAACUCAAAGAUCUUAACCUUUGUCUGAAAACACAAGGCGAUCAACUGAAGGUUCUCAUGAACGCAAUCAGUUCAAAACCACAAGAACAAGAAGGAAAAGGCCCAGAAAUUCUCACACAAACACAAAAUCUGGAUCUCUGUAGGAAAAAAAUACAGGAGAAAAGACAAGAGCUGGAGGUUUUGAUGAAGAAUGCUAACAGCAUGAAGGAAAAGGUUAAAGAUUCCAUGAGCAGUGUCCAUAAAGACAUAGAACAAAUGAUCUCCAUGAAGAAGAACUUUGGAAAAGACAGAGAGAAACUGUCAAGUGAGAAGAAGCGCCUGGAAAGAGAAUUGUCAGAGUGCAAAAUGAGACAAGAGGAACUCUUGGAUGCAAUGAAGUCAACAGCAAACCUAAGACUAACACUACAAGGAGUAAAAGACAAGGUGUGUGACUUGACCAAUGUUAAAAUGAGAAGAUUACACAAAGGUCAUAAAGAUGCACAGUUAUUAUGUAUUUCACUGGAGAAGAAUGUUUCAACUAUUGGUGACCAGAUGAAAACACUAACUCCUUACAAAGAGUUAGUUGAAAGAGAAAAGAUCAAUCUAACAUCCAUCAUGUCUUCCAUGAGGAAUCAGAAAGAAGUGAUGGAACAUCAAUGGAAGCAAAUGGUGGACAUGGAUAAAAAAGAUCUAAACAAGAAGAAGGAAGAACUGAAACGGGAAACACAGAAUCUGCAAAGAGUGGCUGACAAAGUAGACAAAGAAAAAGAGGCCUUGGAAGUGAUGAUGUCCAAUAUCCAGACACAACGCGCAAUACUGCAACAAGAAAAACAAGAUAUUCAAGAAGAAAGAGAGAGAAUAAACAUGACAGAGGCUGAACUAGACCAGAAGGCAGAAGAAGCCAGCAGUUGCUUGGCAGAGAUCAACAAAGAGAAAAUCAAACUAAAACAUUUGUCAGUUUCAGUCCAAAGAAAUCAUGAAAGACUUCAAGACAUCAUGUACACGAUUGCCAUAAAACAACAAGGCAGAGAGAGGAAAGAUCAUCUGUUCCAAGCACAAACACAGGAACUACAAUCUAAAAGGCUUCAACUACAGAAAGAAAAGGAAGAGAUGCAGCUUUUGAUGACAACUGUUAGUAAGAUGAGAGAGUGGACUAAAGCUGCGAUGAUCACCACCCAAAAGGAAAAGCAACAAGUGGAUUAUAGGAGGAUGCACAAGCCAGAAGAAGAAAUGCGUUCAAUCCAGAAUCUAGAACUUGAGAGAGAGAGGUCUGGGUUGACACCAAGAGAGGACAGUGGCUUGGAUAAAAGUCAAAUAACAGAACGUCAGCAAGGACAGAUCCAAUACAUCAAAGAGAAACUAAGGGAAAACAUCAAAGUGAAAAUGGUCCAGCUACAACAAAGGAUUGCAGGUGUAGAAAACCUCUCCGUUGGUUUGGGACAGAAGCUUCUUUGUCUUGUGGAACAGAAGGAAAAUGUGGCUGGUUAUAAAGAGGUAUUUGAAAGAGAAAAGAGAAUUCUGAAUAGUCUCCUUUGUGAUACACUAAAACAAAGAGAAGAUAUGGAAAACCGUUGGAAGCAAACAAUGAACCGGCAAAAAGAAAAAGUUACUUCUCUUGAAGCAACCCUGAAAAAAGAAAAGCAGGACCUGGAACUAGAGAAACAAAAGAUGUCGAAAGAUGAGCUGGUCUUAGAGCCGAUUAGGAAUGGCAUCCAGAAACAAAGUGAAAUAUUACAACAAGACAUUCAGCAACGUAAGCAAGAGUUGGAAAGCACAAUGGUGGAACUGCACAAGAAGACAGAAGAAACCAAGAAUCUCUUUGAUGGAAUCAAAAAAGAGAAAUCUAAACUCAAAGAUCUUAACCUUUGUCUGAAAACACAAGGCGAUCAACUGAAGGUUCUCAUGAACGCAAUCAGUUCAAAACCACAAGAACAAGAAGGAAAAGGCCCAGAAAUUCUCACACAAACACAAAAUCUGGAUCUCUGUAGGAAAAAAAUACAGGAGAAAAGACAAGAGCUGGAGAUUUUGAUGUAUAAUGCUAACAGCAUGAAGGAAAAGGUUAAAGAUUCCAUGAGCAGUGUCCAUAAAGACAUAGAACAAAUGAUCUCCAUGAAGAAGAACUUUGGAAAAGACAGAGAGAAACUGUCAACUGAGAAGAAGCGCCUGGAAAGAGAAUUGUCAGAGUGCAAAAUGAGACAAGAGGAACUCUUGGAUGCAAUGAAGUCAACAGCAAACCUAAGACUAACACUACAAGGAGUAAAAGACAAGGUGUGUGACUUGACCAAUGUUAAAAUGAGAAGAUUACACAAAGGUCAUAAAGAUGCACAGUUAUUAUGUAUUUCACUGGAGAAGAAUGUUUCAACUAUUGGUGACCAGAUGAAAACACUAACUCCUUACAAAGAGUUAGUUGAAAGAGAAAAGAUCAAUCUAACAUCCAUCAUGUCUUCCAUGAGGAAUCAGAAAGAAGUGAUGGAACAUCAAUGGAAGCAAAUGGUGGACAUGGAUAAAAAAGAUCUAAACAAGAAGAAGGAAGAACUGAAACGGGAAACACAGAAUCUGCAAAGAGUGGCUGACAAAGUAGACAAAGAAAAAGAGGCCUUGGAAGUGAUGAUGUCCAAUAUCCAGACACAACGCGCAAUACUGCAACAAGAAAAACAAGAUAUUCAAGAAGAAAGAGAGAGAAUAAACAUGACAGAGGCUGAACUAGACCAGAAGGCAGAAGAAGCCAGCAGUUGCUUGGCAGAGAUCAACAAAGAGAAAAUCAAACUAAAACAUUUGUCAGUUUCAGUCCAAAGAAAUCAUGAAAGACUUCAAGACAUCAUGUACACGAUUGCCAUAAAACAACAAGGCAGAGAGAGGAAAGAUCAUCUGUUCCAAGCACAAACACAGGAACUACAAUCUAAAAGGCUUCAACUACAGAAAGAAAAGGAAGAGAUGCAGCUUUUGAUGACAACUGUUAGUAAGAUGAGAGAGUGGACUAAAGCUGCGAUGAUCACCACCCAAAAGGAAAAGCAACAAGUGGAUUAUAGGAGGAUGCACAAGCCAGAAGAAGAAAUGCGUUCAAUCCAGAAUCUAGAACUUGAGAGAGAGAGGUCUGGGUUGACACCAAGAGAGGACAGUGGCUUGGAUAAAAGUCAAAUAACAGAACGUCAGCAAGGACAGAUCCAAUACAUCAAAGAGAAACUAAGGGAAAACAUCAAAGUGAAAAUGGUCCAGCUACAACAAAGGAUUGCAGGUGUAGAAAACCUCUCCGUUGGUUUGGGACAGAAGCUUCUUUGUCUUGUGGAACAGAAGGAAAAUGUGGCUGGUUAUAAAGAGGUAUUUGAAAGAGAAAAGAGAAUUCUGAAUAGUCUCCUUUGUGAUACACUAAAACAAAGAGAAGAUAUGGAAAACCGUUGGAAGCAAACAAUGAACCGGCAAAAAGAAAAAGUUACUUCUCUUGAAGCAACCCUGAAAAAAGAAAAGCAGGACCUGGAACUAGAGAAACAAAAGAUGUCGAAAGAUGAGCUGGUCUUAGAGCCGAUUAGGAAUGGCAUCCAGAAACAAAGUGAAAUAUUACAACAAGACAUUCAGCAACGUAAGCAAGAGUUGGAAAGCACAAUGGUGGAACUGCACAAGAAGACAGAAGAAACCAAGAAUCUCUUUGAUGGAAUCAAAAAAGAGAGAUCUAAACUCAAAGAUCUUAACCUUUGUCUGAAAACACAAGGCGAUCAACUGAAGGUUCUCAUGAACGCAAUCAGUUCAAAACCACAAGAACAAGAAGGAAAAGGCCCAGAAAUUCUCGCAAUACUGCAACAAGAAAAACAAGAUAUUCAAGAAAGAGAGAGAAUAAACAUCACAGAGGCUGAACUAGACCAGAAGGCAGAAGAAGCACCAAUGAAGAUUGAGAUUUUUUCUGCCUUCUUAGAAAGAUUACGACAUCUUAAUCUUAUGACAGUUGAACUCUUCCAAAACAGUAUAGACUGUUUGGAAGGAAAAAGUCAAGAUCUCACCCACUUUUUUUCUUCAUUGAAAACCAGUAGAGAAGUUCAUUUGAUUAGAGACAGGAUCCGUCGUCAUUUAAACUGGAUAAAACUACAAAGACAACACUUGAACCAAACCGUAUGUGAUAAAUCAACACAAACUGUGAGUCUGAGUCAUCAGAGAUUGAAGACAUAUAAAGAGAAUGUGAGUCCAUUUAAAAUAGGUACACCUGAAAUGAAGUUUCAGAAUCUUAAACCUGUUGAAACUGAGUACCACCUUAUUUCUAAGGAGGAUGAUGAUUUGAAAUCUCUGAGUAAAUAUAUAACUUUUGACAGGGAAUGGCCAGGACCAGCACUCAAAGAUAAUAGUGAUAUAGAGAACAGAAAGGAGAUUGCGACUUCUCCCAGGGUUUCAACUAGGACAGAGGACUAUACUAAACAUCCGAAAAGUAAUUCCUUACAAAGGUCCUGGAAGGACACCAGAAUGGAAUUUAAGGAGAUUAAUCUGAUGAAGCACAGAGGUCAGGAGAUUAGAAAUAAUUUGGAUAAAAGGCUAAAAGAAAUAAUUCAUUUUGGUAAAAUAACACUAAAAGAAACACUUAUGGACAAUUCAUUACCAGAAAAAGGAACACACACAUCAACUCAGGGGAACUUUGACAGUUCUACCAAAUCUGCCAAUAUAAAAUAUGUUGAGCUUCAACAACUUAAGUUUCACAUGCUGAGUCAGAUUGAAAAACUUCAACUGAAAGAGAACACAAGUGAGACACUUGUUUCUUAUGAAAAAGAUAAUCAAACUUUUCAGAAGGAAAUAAUCCCAGCAAAAGUGCAAGAAAUGCAAGAGCAGGACAAAGCAAGAGGGGGAGAAAAUGAAGCAGUGACGUCAAGCAGACUCUUCUGUUUGCUGCAACAUUACUGCUGUCGCUGCUGCUGUCAUUGUUGUACCUGUCGAAAGCAUGUGUGCCCAAAGAAAAAUGGAAUCAUGAAUGCCUAAAAUAUAUAAAUGUGUGUGUGUGUCUGUGUGUGGGGGUGCAAGCCAAGUAUUUCUGCUGGUAAUUUUACUCUUAGUAAAAGAAAAUGUUAAAUAAAAUUGUCAUUAGCAAGACAUCUUCAGAAUGUUGUAAGAGCUUCAUCAGGGGUGCCCAAAGUGGGUCCUUGAGGGCCCGCAUCCUGCAUGUUUUAGUUUUCUCCCUGGUUUAACGCACCUGGAUCAAAUGAUGACUUGUUAGAAGGCCAAAGAAGAACACUGACAUGCUGAAAAGGUUGUUACUACCACCAGGAAGAGAACUAAAAUGUGCAGGAUGCCGGCCCUCGAGGACCGACUUUGAGCACCCCUGAGCUACAUCAUAGUGUCAAUUUUGUUUUGAAAAUCUUGAGUUUAAGUAUUGUCUGGUGAAAACUGGUAUAGAGGGGUGAAAUCUUUCCAGAUUAAUGCAGAAAACAGAGCAUUAAGGCCUGAGGGACAUAAGUGAUCUUGCAUUUUGAUUUAAUGAUGAUUAAAUAAUAUAUAUACAGUAUUCCUGCAUUUUAUUACUGAUUGAUUAUAAGAAAUGUAUUCUUGUAUUUUGAUUUGUUAAUGAUUAUAACAAUGAGGAUUUUUGUACUUUGAUUUACUGAUGACUAUACAAAGAGUUGAUAUAAAAAAGUAGAUCAAGAAAUAAAUAACACAAUGAAAGAAUGAUGAAUAGAAUUAAUCUCAGAUGAUUAUUAUAAAAAGUUAUGUUUGAAUUAAAACAGAAAGUUGAUUAUGUUUAAUGAUUUAUGAUAAUCUACAGAAUUGUAACUGAAGUAAUGAUACAUUGUGAAGCGAAAUGACAUGUUUUUCUCAGACUGUGUUGUAACUAAAGUAGAUGUCAAAACUGAGCUGAGCGGGGAGGCAGGGGAGUUCCAAAGAGGAAGUAAGAUGUUUUCUUCAAAACUAAAAUGGGGAAGUAUUUUAGUCGGUGGACAGGCAGCAGAAAAAAGGAAGUAAGCAAGGCGUUGACUGCUGUGCGUAAGCCAGGCGUUGGCUGCUGUAAGAAGGGUUGGUGCUUUCUACAGAACCAUCUAACGUUCGAGAAGUCACGUAGGCCAUCACCCCAUACAUAACCAUGGGAUGAGAGAGUAUAAAAACCCAUGAAAAGAGG